AUGAGUAAACCAAGUAGUGAUAAUAAUAAUUUCAUCACAUUCAGAGCAGCAACGGAACAAGAUGGACCACAAAUUCUAGAAAUGGUCACUCAAAUUCUUACUAAAUAUGGUCUUAAACAAAUUCAAGAUCCUUCCGAUAAUAUUGAUGAUGAUUUAUUAAAUAUUGAAAAGUAUUACUUUACAAAUAAUGGUUAUUUAGAAAUAGUUGAAUUAAAUUCCAAUUCUUCAUCCAUUGAAUCAAAAAUUAUUGCCAGUUGUGGAAUUUAUAAAUUAUCCGAAAGUAAAUGUGAAUUGAGAAAAAUGUAUUUGAGAGAGGAAUAUAGAGGAAAGGGAUUAGGUAGAAAAUUAUUGGAAAGAGCCAUAGAAAAAGCUAAGGAAAUGAAUUAUAAACAAAUGGAAUUGGAAACUGCUUCUGUUUUAGUGGAGGCACUUGCAUUGUAUGAAAAAUUUGGAUUUUCAAGAGUUAUUGAUUGUGAGGAUAAACAUUUAUGUUCAAGAUGUGAUAUUAUUAUGAUUAAGGAUUUAGUUUAA